AUGGCUUUAGUAACACAUCUUUUAAUAGUAAAUUCAUCAAACUCUGUGGGAUUCCGUUUUCUAGGCUUGCUGAUUCUGUUUGCUGUUAGUUUUAGCCUUCACAGCAAACACGUACUGGCGGCUGAGCCUGAUGCAGCAAACUUGUGCGAAUUUGCUAAAUAUUCUAGUGAAAGUCAGGAUUCAUUAGCAGAUGCAAAAAAGAGGCUGGCUCCACUAGUAGGGAAGAAAUUUGAGUCCAGUGAUGGUGUGCAGUGGAAAUUUAAUGUUGGAAUCUGUACCGGCGUUAGCGAUGACAAGGGAGUAGCCAUUCAGCAGUUAAAAAUGGACAGCGAUAAUAAAAUUGUAGAGAGACACAACCUAGGAUCUCUGAAAGAUUCUCAUAUCCUAGUUGGGACUGAUUGGAUUAUGUUGGAAUACAGAGAGGGAGAGAACUAUGGUAACCAUUGUACCGGUGAGAAGAAGAGAUCCGUUGUUAUGAUAACAUGUGACCCAAACAUUGAUGAUAACCAGGCCCAGAUGGUAUUUAUGAAGGAAGAAAACACCAAGACUGAACAGUGCUACUACUUGUUUGAGAUGAAACAUCAGGCAGCAUGUCCAACAGUUUCUGGCUCUGGUUCACUCAGCGUAGGAACUAUCCUUGUCAUUGUAUUUUUCAGCGUCCUUGGUGUGUACCUUUUGAUUGGCUUUUUAUAUGCCAGGUUUGUACUUCGAGCUAAAGGCAUUGAACAGAUACCCAACUAUGAGUUCUGGAAAGACUUUGGAAAUCUGCAGGCCGAUGGUUGUGACUUCAUAUGCAGAACAAAAGAACGCCGACGCAUGGAUCAUUUUGGUGGAAUCGGGGACGACCAGCUGGAGUCAGCUGAGGAAAUCCGUGACGAUAAUCUUUUACCUAUGUAA